AAUUUUCAUCAAAACACGUAGCGCGUUAUUUGCCUCGGAUAAUGUAAUAUGGGAAGAGCCGCAAUAUAAAGCUUAAUUGUGCGUUAAAAUUGUUGCACUUGGUUUGCGCAAGACCCCGCUCUUGAUUUAAAAGAGGUGGCCCAAGAAUUUGGGAGCCAGAUUGUCCGUCUUCACCGCCUGUCUCCAAGCCAAACAAUGGGUUCCACAACAAUGAAAAAGUCCAUUACGGACCACCGAAUCACUUUGUUGUUAUUCGUCAGCAUUAUUUUCCUAUCUAUUGAAAUUACCCACGGGGCUUUGGUCAAAAACCCCAACUUGCUGAAAAAAAAUCAUUGCAGGACACACAUUUUUUCUCCCGUGUGCCGCGGGCAGCAAAAGCGAGACAUUUUAAGCCGUCUCAGUGACGAGUACAGGGUGCCAGCCCUGGAUUCCGAUUUUUCGGGGAUUGACCGGUCCCGCGAUUUCCCUACAAUCCUUAACAGUCCGAGUCUUUUCGGGGAACUACUGAAAAAAGCCAUAGAAUCGUCCCCCGAGUUCGAUCCCGAAAAUAGCAAUUAUCUGAAGUGAGGAGAAUAAUAAAAGACAGGCCGGACAGUAUUACCCCAGUAUUCCUAUUUAUUUAUUUAUUGGAUAAAAAUAAAAUAUAAAAACUA